AUGAACCUUAAUGCUUACACUAAUAAUCAUCAAUUAAUCUUCUUAUCCAACUUGAGCACCAACCGGACUGUUGGUGACUCCGUUAUAACUCCAGUCAUUGUUCGCGUGCCCACGGUUCGCUACAACAUUGCCUAUAAGCUUUGCGAAUUACGAGAUAAUAGUCUAAUGCAUCUUCUUUCCGAGUGCUGGAGGAAGUAUAAAUUCGACGAGAAUUUACAGGAAAGGAUUGUUAUUUUUUGUCGCAAAAAGGAAACCGUUCAGGAAAUGAAUGCUUUUUUGAAUGGAAGCAGCUUUAUUACAACUAUGUCAACUCUUUAUACCGGUGAUCUUACAGAAGAGGAGCGCUCAACCAAUAUGCAGGCCUUCAGCAACGAGGAAUCCGAAACGCGAAUAAUGGUUGCGACAAAAGCUUUUGGAAUGGGUAUGGAUUACGCAUCCAUCCGCCUGGUAAUUCAUCUUCAUUCUCCUGAAACAAUGCUCGAUUAUGUCCAGGAAAGUGGCCGCGCUGGAAGAGAUGGCAAAAAGUCAGAGGCCGUUCUCCUAUUUGAUCAAAGCGAUCUAAAGUCCAAAUUUGUUAGUGAAGAAAUGAAGAGGAUGAUUCAAGACGAUUCUGCUUGUUUACGUACCCCUGUGUCGCUCGAAAUGGAUGGCGAAUACUCUUGCUGUUUAAUAUUACCAAAGGCAGAACCUUGCAGUCGUUGUUCGACUUUAAUGCCCGCUGAUAAUUGUCAAAACAAGACGGUGCCAGCAGAAACACAAAAAGACGCAAACCCUAGAAGUGUGGGAAUUGAGUGUUACGAAGCCUCUAGGAUGACUUCGUAA